CAUCACACUCACACACACACACACACACGCGCGCGCGCACACACACACACACGCGCGCGCGCGCACACACAAAUACAGACACGCAAAAAUCUGUACCCCUCUGCUCACGCUCUCCCCCAUCCCAUCUGCCCCGUACCUCCUCAUCCCUCGGCAAGUGAGUGUCCCGGGGGUACCCAUCUAGUCUGGCCAGAAGCUCAGUUCUCCCUGCCCAAGGGAACCCACGCAGAACAGGAGCGACCUCCACGUCUGCAGCGGGACCGAUAGUCCCAGCACCGGGGAUCUCCAGCACCCCACCCCUGCCCCGCUCGGCCGCGACAAGCAGAGCCACCACCCCCUCCAAACCCGAGGACCCCCGCCACCUCUAUGAGAGAAGGCGACGCAGGGCAAAGGACCAGGACGCCUGGCAGCCGGACACCCCCGCAAGUGCGCAGCGCCCGCUCCGCGUCCGCGCGGCGAUCACCCGGGAAGCCCGAUGCCAGCGCCGCACGGCGGCUGAGAGGGGACAGGGCGGGUUUCUCCCGCUCGCCCCGGAUCGAGUCUCCGCAGCGGCUGCGCGUCCCAGCCGGGGCUCCGCCGGCCCGGGAGUGAGUCGCAGCGACAGGAGGACCAGAGCGGCGGCCCGGGGUUGGCCCGGGCAGGGAAAGGAGGGACGGAGCGUGGGGGAGGGAGCAGGGGGCGGGGAGGGGACCCCGGAGGAGAGAGAUGACAAUGUCUCUCAUCCAAGCGUGCCGCAGUCUGGCUCUCUCAACAUGGCUGCUUUCCUUUUGUUUCGUGCAUCUGCUCUGCCUGGACUUCACCGUGGCGGAGAAGGAGGAAUGGUACACUGCCUUCGUGAACAUCACCUAUAUGGAGCCCGAGCCGGGGGCCGCGGCGGCUGGUGGCGGUGGCGGCGCCGAGCUGCUGCACACGGAAAAGAGCGAGUGCGGGCGAUACGGCGAGCACUCGCCCAAGCAGGACGCGCGCGGCGAGGUGGUCAUGGCCAGCUCGGCCCACGACCGCCUGGCUUGCGACCCCAACACCAAGUUCGCCGCGCCGGCCCACGGCAAGCACUGGAUAGCCCUCAUCCCCAAGGGCAACUGCACCUACAGGGAUAAGAUCCGGAACGCGUUCCUGCAGAACGCCUCCGCCGUGGUCAUCUUCAACGUGGGCUCCAACACCAACGAGACCAUCACCAUGCCUCACGCAGGUGUGGAAGACAUCGUGGCCGUAAUGAUCCCUGAGCCCAAGGGGAAGGAGCUGGUGAGCCUGCUGGAGAGGAACAUUACCGUGACCAUGUACAUCACCAUCGGCACCCGGAACUUGCAAAAAUAUGUGAGCCGCACAUCGGUUGUGUUUGUCUCCAUCUCCUUCAUUGUCCUGAUGAUCAUUUCUCUGGCAUGGCUGGUCUUUUAUUAUAUCCAGAGGUUUCGGUAUGCAAAUGCCAGGGACAGGAACCAGCGCCGACUGGGAGAUGCAGCAAAGAAAGCCAUCAGCAAGCUCCAGGUCAGGACCAUCAGGAAGGGUGACAAGGAAACUGAGUCCGAUUUUGAUAACUGUGCAGUCUGCAUAGAAGGGUACAAGCCCAAUGAUGUGGUCAGGAUCCUACCCUGCCGGCAUCUUUUCCACAAGUCCUGUGUUGACCCCUGGCUUCUAGACCAUCGCACCUGCCCCAUGUGCAAGAUGAACAUUCUUAAGGCCCUAGGGAUCCCGCCCAACGCUGACUGCAUGGAUGACUUGCCCAUUGACUUCGACGGCUCUCUAGGAGGCCCACCAACCAAUCAAAUCACAGGAGCCAGCGACACAACUGUCAAUGAAAGCUCAGUCACUCUGGACCCUGCUGUCCGGACAGUGGGGGCCCUGCAGGUGGUCCAGGACCCAGACCCUGCUCCUCAGGAGGGAGAAGCCAUAUUUACAACUAACAGUGAUCAAGAGCCAGCAGUGAGCAGUGACUCUGACAUCUCAUUAAUUAUGGCACUGGAAGUGGGCCUGUCUGAUGUAGAACUUUCCACUGACCAAGACUGCGAGGAGGUGAAAUCUUGAGAUGGUGGAAAUGGACAAAAGAAGACACAGGAACCAGGAGGUCAGGAAGGAAGCAUGCUCCGAGGAUUGAACUGGAUACACGGCCUUCAGAUCACCAUGACAACCCCAGGGCACUCUGUUCAAGGGCGGUAACGAAAGCAAUAUCCAAAGUCUCCCGAGUCAGGAUGGGGGUUCCCAUCUCUGCAACAGCCGGUGGCCUUGAUGCGGAAGUUGAAAGCUGGAUCUCUUGGUGUCUGUGCAGAAGUGCGGCAGACCGGAAGGAGACCUUCACAGCGUCCUGACUUUAGUCUCUCCCAUCUUCUUGCUCUUGUUUGGGAAAGAUGGUUUCAUUCCCUUGGCAACUUCUUUUUAAAGUCGAUGUGUAGUUUACAUUGAUCCCUUGGUUGUCCCUUUGAUUCACUCCAGCCUGUGUACAGAGGUCUGUUUAGAAGUUCUGGUUGAUGCUCCUGUAAUUGGUUUGUACCACAUCUAGAGAUUCAUAGUCAGGACUUAUCAGUAUGACAUGUGCACGACUUUGAGGAUUGCCUCAGCACCCUAAAACGGUAGGAGGCCAGAUUUUAUCAAGUGUCUAAAUCCCUCCUCUAAGUGGGUCUUGGUGAGCCCAGCUGUCAGGCAGCCACACUAAGUUCUGGAUCUGCUGAGUGGGUUGAUCAUUAUUUUCCACUCCACCACAUGGGUUUCCACUUGCCAUGCUCUGUCAGGGCCAUCUUGGCAGGAGAGAACUGUCAGGGAGGAAUGCGGGUCCUCUGACUUGAGGGUCUUAGUCUAAAACUCAGAAUUCCCCAAAGGACACCAUGACAAAGUUCAGAGUAUGUGGAACUAUAAGCCUAGUUUAAAAAAAAAAAAAACUGAUACCCCAUCUUCCCAGGGAAGGGAAGAUUCCUGACUCUCUGAUUUCCCCCAAGGCCUUAAAAGUUUGUCACCUUCAUAAAUUAAUUCCACGGUACGAGGUAGAGAAAAGAGGCAAUCAUUUUUUAGGUCACUGGCAUCCAGGUGUAAGCUUAUUUCAGGAACUGCCAUGUGUAUCCUCACCAGCCUACUUGGAAACAUCUAAAGAGCCCUUAACAGUUUGCGUCUCGGGCCUUCCUAAGAGCAUCCGGGUAGCAAGAGGAGAAUGAGGUGUGAUCUGAUAAAGUCUGAAUCAAAAUGUGUAUCAUGGGAAAUUGCUAAAUUGAGUUUCUUCUGAUUGUAAGAAUCACAUAAUAUUAAAAGAAAAAAUGACAAAUGACUAUCAAAACCCACUGUACUAUAAAGUGGUUUAUGACUUUAUUCUCUUUUUGCUUGAAACAAUAACAAAAGUGUGCUGUCUUUCAAGUGGACAGUAUUGUGAUACAUUCAGCAAUUCCAGAGGCAGAGGUGGCCACCUGUGUGCCUCUGGACAAUCAGAAGGAUCUCUUCCUCCUCCUCCUCCUCCUCCUCCUCCUCCUCCUCCUCCUCUUCCUCCUCCUCCUUCUUGUCCUCCUCCCCCUCCACUGCUGGCAGCUGACAAGGUCAUACAGAGCAGGGAUUAACCAGGAAAGCAAGCUCUUCCCACUGAGCUGUAUUUAUGUAUUUGAUUUGGCUUUUCCACCUCAUUACACUAAUAUCUUUCAAACAGCGCUUGCUGAGCUGUAAAUCCAUGCUGCCCACUGGAAUUUUGAGUCCAUGGCAAUGGAAUUCUCCACUGCGCUUUUUUCUUUCCUUCCUCCUUUCUUUCUUUCUUUCCUUCUUCCUUUCUUUCUACUUUUAAUGCAUUCCUAUUUGAUGGUGCAUGAGUAGAGAGCAAGGCAAGGAAAAUGAUAACAAGCCUCAGAAAAAUCACCACUGUGUAAGGUCUAGCACAUCCCAUAAUUAAUGCCAGCCUCUAAGGACUGCGAUGCUUCAUGUCAAAGAAGCAGGUGAGCACCAAAGCAGACACUCUCAAAUGAAGUUUCAAAGAUGAGUCUCACUGUCCUCUCUGUUCACACAUUUUCACUUCUCCAGGGGGAUCUGUGUUGUGAAAACAGCUGUGUCACAGAGGAAAUUUUGAUAUUUAGUCUAAUGACAUUAGGGUAAUUCAACAACAAAAGAAAUACAAAAUUACAAUGCAUGGCCAGACAGGAAAAGAUCUGGCGGGUGUUUUCUGGCCAGGGGUCAGGUUAGGGUGAGCAAGCCCUUGACCUGAUACCCGACAGGAUGCUAAGUGAAUGGCAAAGAGCCCAAGAGGUCCAUCCUUGGCUGUGGAUCUGACUCCAAGGAGACCCUGUGGCAAACUCCCUGAGCCUUUGACAGUCUCUGCUUACCAAAGAGUUUUGAAGGCCUUCCCUGUGACUUUCAUGGCAAAAGAAAGAUUAACGAGAAAGUUUUCCUCUUGACAUAAACUGGAAAAGCUCUUACUAUAGAUUUUGCUGCCACCUUCCACAAUGAGAAGACCCUGACCUGAGGACCCAGUGAACCACACAUGGCUGUGCAGCCAAGAAAUGCGUGCUCAAUAUGCAUUUACAGGCACACAUUUUUCUGGAGCAAGUGGUGCACCAACCCUGUCCAACAGAAAUACAUCCCAAGUCACAUACAUUUUUUUAACUCCCAUUAGCCACAUUUUAAGAAGCUAAAAAGAAACAGGUGAAAAUAAUUUAAUAGUAGUUUAACCUAUUGUUACUGUUUUGAUAUGCAAAUGAUGUAGAAAGUGUUAGAGCCACAUUUUCCUCUACUCUUUGUUACCUAUUCUAAAUCUACUGUGUCUUUUACGCUCCCAGCACACCUUCAUUUUUACUAGCCACGGUUCAAGCUUUCCAUAGCCACAUGUGCCUAGUGGCCACCAGCUGGGCAGCACAGCCCAAGAAAUGUUCCAGAAUCCUUACAAGUGUUCCUGACUCUGACAGAGGAAAAAGGAUAAGAUUACCUCAGUUUUCCCCCCCACAAAAAAAACAGACUUUAGCCAAGUUGCUUAAGGAGAUAGCCAGGACCUAAGGAUGUUCUUGUUUCAUAAUUAAUAGCGGUUCAAAUAGCCUUUAUUAACUUCCUAAACAUAGUGUCCACUAUCAUCAGCAACUCUUACUUCUCAGACCAGUUGUUUGUUAAAAAAAAAAAAAAAAAAAAAAACAAGAGAACCAACCAUGUUGAUUUGGUGCUGAAAUAAAAUUAUACCCUCACUUCUAUGACAAACCCUGAGAUUCAUGUGUGAGACUUAGCCAGAGAGAAUUUACCUCAGCCCCUAGUUCUUCCUCUUUGUGGCUGCCCAGUUCUACAGCAGUAGAACUCAGAGACGGGAAAGGCAUAGGGAACCGCAGCCUGAGCCACAUACACGAUCUGUGUGGCCUUGUCAGGAAAGGAUCUCUGAGGCUUGUGAUCAUCCAGCCUCUGCUUGGUGAAUGGUGAGCAGCUUUCUGUUCAGCUUUGUCCAAGGCUGAAAGAGGAAAAGAGCCCUUGAACUCCCUCAAAGUCACUUUCAGAAUAGCUUCCUCCUGUGUGGUUAGUCCUUCUAAAGAGCCAAUGCCUCAUGGGGACAGCAUUUGGACAAAGCCCCUUGGGUUUGGCAGGGCAUUCGGUGUCAGCUCUGGUCACACCCCCAAGGAUGGAUAUAGUAUGGAGAGAGUAGAUGAUAAAGGUAUCAGAGGCAGCCAGGCAAUGGUGGCACACACCUUUGAUCCCAGCAUUCAGGCAGGUGGAUCUCAGUGAGUUUGAGGCCAGCUUGGUCUAUGAAGCAAGUUCCAGGACAGCUACAUAGAGAAAUACUGAGUGGAGGCAGGGGCAGGGGGUGGGAAAGAGUAGCAGAGGCACCUAGCUACUUCAACAUUGUAUGUGACAUCCUGGCCGUGGAAGCAAGUCUCUCUCCAGAGAUUUGUUGUUGUUGUUGUUGUUGUUGUUGUUGUUGUUGUUGCUUUGAUAUUUUCAUCUGUGGGUAUUCAAGAGUCUAGCCUGUUAAGAAUGACUGUGCCCAGUAGCCAUUUCCUUUACAGCCCAGACAUCCCUGGGACUAUCAGACUGCCUAAGACUCUUGGUGUAAGCUUAGUUGGUGCUGAAAUAAAUUUCAGAGCAUAAGAAUUUAAUGGCACUGAAUGCAUAUCCUUGGCUGAACACCAAGAAAAUUACCAAAUAAAAACUUAAAAACUUUAGGAAAGAACAUUGUGCCCUCUACAAAGAGAAGGCCCAGUCUUCAGCAGUACAAGUCAAGGAGGUGAUGUCCUGUAGCAACUUUUUUAAAAAAUGUGAGUUGCUCUAUCUGCAUGUACACCUGCAAGCCAGAAGAGGGCAUCAGAUCCCAUUUCAGAUGGUUGUGAGCCACCAUGUGGUUACUGGGAAUUGAACUCAGGAUCUCUAGAAGAGCAGUCGGUGCUCUUAACCACUGAGCCAUCUCACCAGCUCCCAUAGCAUUCUUAAUUUCCUCUCCUAGGUUUUCUUAUGCAUAUUCCUAUGUCACCCUAUGUUUUUGGCCACCUGUUCCUUUGUAUGUGUGCACUCAAGUGCAUACACACACACACUUUCCCUAUCUUACAUCCCAUUUCCUUAAACCCUGCUUCUCGGUCCCCCCCCAUAGGUCACAUGCACACAGGAGCAGGAUUUGUGUGACCUGUAUCCGCCAUCUUCCCAGAGUCCUUAUCACUUAGCUUGACAUGCCUCUUGGAAAGAACAUAUGGCGAAGAGGAACAGGCACUGUCCUUCAAAGAUUGGGCUACUUGAUUUUUUGAGCAGCGCCUCUGUCCCUUUUGGGAAGGAGACCUAGAAGCAGGGUUGACGGUUGAAUUUCACAAGGGAAAUGACCAGUACCCUGAAGGACAUCCACAGGAGGUGGGAUCCCACAUCAAAGCAGGGUGAGUUAAGUGGAAAGUCUAUCUGGAAAAUGCCCCUCCCCUGUUUUCAGAGCUUGUCAGUGAGUCUCAGGGAGAACAAGUGUUUAAGGGAUUCAAUAUUCAUGAGUUAAAACUUUCUUGAUUGUAGAGAAAGUUGGAAUAGCCUGAAAAAUAAGUGUACUCUGGUCUUAGUUUCUUACCACUAUGUAGCUCUUCUGUCUUCCACUUAGCUCCGACACCAGACCUUUCACAGGAGACAGUAGUAGUUAAAGUCUUGUAGAUAGGGAACUAUUUUACUCCACUGUGAGCUUUGUGGUGUCAUGAUGUUAUCAUCCCAUAUCUAAUGAAGUGAACGUGGAUCUCAGAUGGGGAUUUUAAUUGUUUAAUCAGUUCCUUGUUCUGUAAGAGCCUGUCUCACUCACUCACUCUCUCCCUGUUCUAUGCCCUUCAUAAUCGAGUGGCUUUUUUUAUGAGCCUCAGUACCCAGAUCCUCUAACCUGGUGGCAUUAUAGAUGUCUACCCUCACUGCAGAGUUGUUUGCUCUUUAGCCACUUGAUAUGUGUUCAUUGAUGAUGAGGAUGAGGGUGAUGAUGACGAUGAUGAUGAUGUGGGAAUGUGCAUCUUGUAAGAGCUCUAAAGAAGCAGAUGGGAAAAUCUUCAGAGAAAGGAGAGACAGCUGAGUGACCCAAAGACAUUGCUGGGUAGAAAUUCAUCCUUUGGCCAUCAGUAACCUUGGGGAAGUAGAAAAAAUGUGAGGACCAUGUGUGCUAAAUAAACCAAAGACUGAUCAAACCCAGAUUGACACAUGUUCUUCUGUGAACUAGCUGAAUUGUCUCCUGAUGUUCUCACAAACAGAAGUCAAGAUGGAUCCCUUGGGCAUUUCGAUUUUGGGGGGCUGCUGGUUGGCCUUGCUAAAUCCACAAAUCUAAAAUAAUGGACUGUGGCCUUAGUGAUGCCAUCUUUAAACUUUAGUGUUUAACCCCCUUUUCUUCAAAACGUCCAGACAAACCCAGCACUCAUAUUGAACUCAGAAUAGUUUUCUUUGAGAAUGUGAAGAUUUUAAAUAGCCAAAGAAUUGUCAUGUAAGAGCUAGCCCACUGUAAUGUAUCCUGCUUUUUGAAGUAAAUACCAAAUUGUAUCCUAUUAGGGACAGAGCAGUUGAAGGCCAGUGUAUGGGCUUAGCAAUCCAAAUCUGUGUUGCUAUCUUCCAUACUUCAUCUGUAGGAGGUUAUUGCAAGGGGCAGAGCGCCCUCUGCUGGAAUGAUACUUUUAGAAAAUUAAUUUGCAGCAGGUCUCCACUUCAACAAAUGUGUCUUACUUUUUCAUCGGUACCAUUCCUUCAACAGUGGAGAAUUUGGCCAGCACUUAUCAAAUGAGGAGAGAAUGUCAUGAACAAUAAAGAGCUGUAGGAGACCUCAAAGCAGGCCUAUUUUAAAAUGUUGCUGUGUUCUGAGAAGAUGCCUCCGGCUGGGAUGUGUGUUAUCAGCAUUGCUCUGUGUGGCUUUGGCUCAGCUCCAUUUCCUCCCAUGAAAUCUCAAAGGAAGAUCAAUAAAAGGACUUCUUCUUCCAUGUAAAUGUAAAUGGUGUGAAAUAAAGUGUUUUGUAUGUGUACAGAAUCAAUUUAGUUCCUGCUUUCAGUUUACUAAUAGAAAAUGAUUGUACCAUUUUAUAAUUAGGAAGAGAUUUAGAGGUGGGAGAGGGUGGGGAGGGAGUGUUAUUUUUAUAGUGGGAUGUCCGUUAUGUUUAGAAAACUUGAGAUAAAUUUUGUAUUUGUGAAGUUACAUUCCAUCCAUUCCCGGGUGGGGGUUCUUUAACUCUCCUUAGGUGAAAGGAAGAAUUUUCUCAUUUUCAGGAUAUCCGGAACACAUACAUCACCUUCUGUGGCAUGCACUUCUGUAACCUGCAGACCAUAACCAGCAAGUGUCUGUUUGAAAGCAUUUUAUUUUUACUCUCCUUGUGUGACACAUUAUCUGUGAUUUAAAAAAAAUAAUCUACAAAGAAUGGAUCUGCAAGUCUGGAAUAAUCAGACACAUUGUCCUAAGUCAGCUUCCAGCUUCACCAACCCCACGAGCAAAGGGAAAAUCCCGUGACUUUAAUUUUCCUUCCUAGUGGGAAUUAUGUGCUUCUGUUGUGAAGAGGGUGAUGCCACAGGCCGUAAGUAUCGCCCUGAGCUUGCCCAUGAUGUCAUUUUGGUCCGGGGGUGGAGCGAAGGAUAGGCCCAUCUCACCCAUAGUCUGAGACAGGACAGUGAGGACAACCUUGAUCUCACUGCCCUCUGAUCCACCAAGCACAAGAACUGGCUCUGGUUGGAUUUUGCAUGGAGGAAUUUUGUACUUGAAGUUUGGUUCACUCUUCAUGUGCUGAAAUAUGGCGAUACUGCACUCCACAGCCACACUGUGGAGAUGUCACUUCCCCAGAAAGUCCCCUGAAUAUUUACAAGCCUCGUCAGGGCAGCAUAGCUAUUUUCUGUGCGUAGUUUGUUGGUUUGCUUCUGUAGAGGUCUCUUUCCUUCCUCCCAACCCCAGAUGCCUACCCUACUCUUUUUAAGCACUUUAUAUCUCUUCAAAUACAAAGGAACUUGGAAGGAAAAAAACCCUAUGACUUUAAAGGAACCCAUCUUCUGUUAGGAAAUACAGACUUUAUUUUGCUUCAUUGUAUUCUCAGUGUGCUUGGAGAACAUCCACAGUUUAUCUGGUCCUGGGCUAGUGAUGAAAUGGUUAGGGAUGAGAGUUGGAGGCAUUCAAUCAGAUGUGACUAUUUUCAUUAUAUUAAAGACUAUAAUGUAAAUAAAUGCAACUGUAUUCUGACCUACGGUCAAAAGAUAUAUCAAACUAUAAAGAUUUCAACACAAGGAUUGUGACUUCCAGGAAAUUUUUGUUUUGGUUUGGUUUGGUUUUUUUUAAUAAAAUGGAAACAGAU